ACCAUGAUUUUUUUAGAUCUCAGCUUCAUGAGUAGUUAGGAUUAUAGAUAUGUAUGAGCCACCAGCACCCAAUUAAUAAUUCUAUUCUUAAUAGACAAGAUAUACUAUGUAUCAUAUUUUUUUGCACUCGUACAUGUGAUUUUAAAUCUCUAAACCUGAAAUAUGUUCUGUUAUAGACUACUACUGCUAUUUGUAGUAAAUGUGAAACAAUUAACACAUGAGAAAAAAAUUAUUUGUGCAUAUUUUGGCUAUAGGUUUCAGAACUACUGCUCUCUUCAUAAUGGAAGAUCUUAUCUGCCUCCUAUUUGCUAGGAUUCAGAGCUGAAUAAACAAAUAUGGGGGACUGGAACCUUCUUGAAGGUGUUCUGGAGGAAGUCCAUAUUCAUUCUACCAUGAUUGGAAAGAUCUGGCUCACCAUCUUGUUCAUAUUUCGCAUGCUUGUUCUGGGGAUAGCAGCUGAAGAUGUCUGGAAUGAUGAACAGUCUGACUUCAUCUGCAAUACAGAACAACCAGACUUAGGUAACAACAAAGGCACUCAUAAAGUAUCUGGAAAAGAGGUUGGUGGUAAGAAUUUAAGGAAACAAGGAGGAAAUUCCCAACCAGUUGACACUCCUGAUUCUUUAGGACAGUUGUCCUUUGAGCCAAAGUCUGUUAGAACCUACAAUAAUCCUCCCAGUAAGUCAGUGUCCCUGAGGAACAACUUCAUUGGUAGGCGGGUUUCCACAGACCUUCAGAUCUGA